AUGUCAAAACUCAACGAAGACGUACUUUUUUUAAUAUUUAAAGAAUUAAAGCAUGAUAAAAAAUCACUUUAUUCAUGUCUUUUUGUUAAUAGAACUUGGUGUGAAAUAGUGGUGCCCAUUUUAUGGGAAAAUCCUGGUCAAUAUCACGGUUAUAAUAGUUCAAUGAGUAAAUUAUUUAAGUCAAUAAUUUUACAUUUAUCGGAAGAAUCAAGAGAUACUUUAGGAAUUGAUAAUAGUAUUACAGAAACAUAUAAACGUCCUUUAUUUAAUUACAUUGAUUACUGGAAGUAUUUAGAUAUAUCUUUUAUAGAAAAUUUAAUUUUUGGAAGAAGAAUUAUUAAAAAUUCCAGCACGUCUGUUAUAAAAAACGAAAUAUUAAAGUUAUUUAUUAAUAAAAAUAGAAAUACAAAAUUUAUUCAUCUUUUUAUCCAAGAUAAAUAUAAAAAAUAUUAUGAUUAUCAAUUACAUCAUAUUUCAGGGGCUGAACAUUGCUUUUCAAAUCUUGAAUCCUUUUACUGCCAAGGUGAUGUUGAUCAAAAUGUUAUGAAAGGAUUGGCUAAAAUAUGCAAAUCGAUUAAAAAAUUUAGAUUUGAAUAUGUUUCUUGCUGUGCCGAUAUUUCUGGAAUCAUUAAAUUAAUUGAAGUACAAAAAAGACUAAAUGAUGUUGAUUUCACUGAUGAUUACUACAAUAAUGGAUUAAAUACUAAUAAAUCAUUUUACAAGUCUCUUGAAGAAUCUUUGAUUAGACACGCUGAAACUGUCCAUUAUUUGAGAAUGGAUUGGAAACCUAUUACAAGACUUCUUUCAUAUCUUCCAAACUUAUUAAGUUUAGAAUUUAAUAUAACUCAUACUAAAUGCUGGGAUGAGUUAGAUUAUUUAAACGAUUUAUCAUUACCUAAUUUAAAAAUUUUAAAGACUCAUCGAGCUCCAUCUAAAAGUUUAGUAAAUUUAAUUGAAAGUACAAAAGGGCAUCUUACUGAAAUUGAUAUAACUUAUAAUGAUAUUGAUAAUGAAAGGCUUAUUCAAGCAAUAUAUCAAAAUUGUCCAAAUCUUAGAUAUCUUAAAAUAUCAUUAAUGAAUAAUACUAAUUCACUUAUUUCAGAAUUUGAAAAUUUAUUAAUUAAUUGUAAAUUAUUAAUUGAAUUAAUUAUUGAAAUAUAUGAUAGAUAUAUUAAUUUAUUUAGUUGGGAUAAAUUGUUUAUUAUAUUAGCUAAGUCUGCACCAAUUGGUUUAUUUAAAUUUAAGUUUCAUUCCAAGAGAUUUGAAUUGGAAGAUUUUAAAUUAUUUUUUGACAAUUGGAAAAAUAGGAAUCCUAUACUGUUAACAAUAGGUUACAAUCCUUUUUCUAUUAGCUUGAAAGAAUAUCAUCAAUUAGUAGAUUUAUUUGAAAAAUAUAAAGUGAAAGAGAUAAUUAAAAAAUUCUUCAUUAGUUGUCUUUUUGAAGAAUUUGAAUGGAAUUAA